AUGUCUUCCCAGUGCAAGCUGUCCUGCCUGCCCCCUUCUGCCUGCACUGAGGAGACUGCACACACUGACACUUGCCCAUCACUUUGUGCCGUGGUGGACCUGGAUGUCUGCCCUGUGCAGGACAUGCACCCCUGUCCUGAGAAGACUUUCCAGGUGGAUCCCUGCACGUGUCAGGGUGCUGCCACCUGCCUGGAUGCUUGCUCUCAGGUUGGGGUCACCUGCCCACCUCCUGCUGUCCCUGUGCCCGGGGAUGCCUGCUGCCCUGAGCACACAGCUGCCUGGGACUCCUGUGCACCUCCAUGUGUGGGUGCCUGUGUGUGUGCAGCAGCAAUCCCCUGUGAUCCCCCUCAAAGCAAGGGAGGGACCAGCUUCCAAUUCCAGCCCACAGGCUCACCAGUGGAGCCUUGUACCCCUGAGGCAGCUGGGACAUGUGUGGAAACCUUCCCCUUCCAGCAUGCAAUCUCGCCAGUGGAUCCCUGCAUCCCUGAGACAGCUGGGACCCACGUGGAAACCUUUCCCGUGAAGUACCCAACCUCAGCAAUGGAUCCCUGCACCCUUGAGACAGAAGAGACCUGUGUGAAGACCUUCCCCCUCCAGCACACAAUCCCAACGGUGGAGCUCUGCCCCAUUGACACAGCUGGGACAUGCAUGGAGACCUCCCCCCUCCAGCAAGCAAUCUCACCAGUGGAGCCUUGCAUCCCUGAGACAGUUGGGACCUGCAUGGAAAACAUCUCCUUGCAGCACCCGGUCUCACUUACGGAGCCCUGCACCCUUGAGGUGCUUGAGGCCUGCAGGGAGGAGCCCUGCUGUGCUCAGGGUGUGAUCAUUGGUGAUCCCUGCCCCAACCAGUGCUUGGCUACGUGCGUGGAUCCCUGCACAUCCAAAAGCGUGAUUUGCACGGAGCCGUGCGUGUCCCAGAGUGCUGCAGAACCCACGGGGACAUGCACACCCCAGAGCACCGUGGAGCUAUGCACAUCCCAGGACACCAUGGAGCUCUGCACACCCCAGGACACCGCAGGAUCUGCGGACACCAGCUCUACCAAGGGCAUAGCCAAGGGUACCAACGCCCGCCCAUCCCCACGAGCACCUUUCCGCCUGAACACCCACACCGCUGCCAUUGUGGAGCGGUGUCUUUCCAGGUGUCAAAACUGGCUGCGAGGCAAGAAAUAA